AUGCCGGUCAGGAAACCGAGCAGAUAUGGCUCCAAUGUCAGACUAGCGAAAGAUUCCGCUCGAAACCCACGUACCAAGACAAUCGAUGCAUCCUCACUGCGUGCAACCGAAGGCACAUCUCAAGAUGAGAAGACUCAGGCCACUCGGCUGGCCAACAGCAUUGACGAGGCAAUGGGGUUUGCCAGAUAUGAUUCGGGUAAAAGAAGAAUUGGGUGGCUUUACAACAUGCACAGUACUUCAAUUGAGGAUUCCGGGACACCAGGUGGACGUGCCGGCGUCGAUUUCUACUUCAUCGGAGACGAUGGCGACAAUUUCAAGGCCACUGUCGAGUAUGACCCAUACUUCCUCCUAGCGGUGAAAAGAGGAAGGGAAGUGGAGGUGGAAGAAUGGUGUAAGAGAAUGUUUGAGGGAUUGGUAAAGUCCGUUCAUCGUAUAUCGAAGGAGGACCUCCAAAUGCCAAACCACCUGCUUGGAUAUAAACGGACAUUCCUUCAACUGACGUUUACCAAUGUCUCCAACUUACUCUCUGUGCGCAAGGUAGUCAUGCCGAUCGCAGAGAAAAAUAAAGAGAAGGUGAAUGCCAUGGACACCUACGCGGAGGUGGCUAGUGCAACUGCUGGGUUUGAUGUCUACGACGAAAAACAAGCCCAAGGGAUACGACUGAAUGGGAUUGCAGAAGCCAAGGAUUACAUUGUCGACAUCAGAGAGUUCGACGUGCCCUACCAUGUUCGUGUUACAAUUGACAAGGACAUUCGCAUUGGAAAGUGGUACACUGUCGAGGCCAAACACGGCUCCGUGUCUCUGACUUGUUUAGAAGAGCGUCUACAACGAGCCGACCCCGUCGUACUCGCCUUCGAUAUUGAAACGACCAAGCUACCACUCAAGUUCCCCGACUCAGUCAUUGAUCAGAUAAUGAUGAUUUCGUAUAUGAUUGACGGGCAAGGGUUUCUCAUCACGAAUAGAGAAAUCGUUUCGGAGGACAUCUCAGACUUUGACUACACGCCAAAACCAGAAUACGAAGGACCGUUUCUGAUCUUCAACGAACCGAAUGAGCGCGCAGUCAUUGAGCGGUUCUUUUCUCACAUCAAAGAGGCACGACCUACCGUCAUUGCCACUUACAACGGUGACUUCUUCGAUUGGCCGUUCGUCGAAGCAAGAGCUAGCGUCCAGGGAAUUGACAUGUACACUGAGAUUGGGUUUCGGAAGAACAGCGAAGAUAUCUAUCAGAGCAACUACUGCGUUCAUAUGGAUUGCUUCGCCUGGGUCAACAGAGACAGUUACUUGCCCCAGGGCAGUCGAGGCCUGAAAGCCGUCACGGUCGCCAAAUUGGGCUAUGAUCCCGAUGAGCUUGACCCUGAGCUGAUGACCCGAUACGCGAGUGAGCAUCCCCAGAUUCUGGCAGAAUACUCAGUGUCUGAUGCUGUGGCCACUUAUUAUCUCUACAUGAAAUAUGUUCAUCCCUUCAUCUUCUCGCUGUGUACGAUUGUCCCGCUAAAUCCUGACGAUACUUUACGAAAAGGUACGGGGACGCUGUGUGAAAUGCUAUUGAUGGUUCAGGCAUACCAAAAGAAUAUUAUAUUACCAAACAAGCAUCAAGAGCCACGGGAGGCUUUCUGGGAAGGUCAUUUGCUUGAAUCAGAAACCUAUGUCGGUGGGCAUGUGGAGAGUAUUGAAGCAGGUGUGUUCCGCGCUGACAUACCGGUUAAUUUCGCCAUCGACACUACGGCGAUCGAUGAGCUCCUGCGGGAUCUCGAUGCCGCUCUGAAGUUUUGCAUCACGGUCGAAGAAAAGAAAUCCCUCGAUGAUGUGACGAAUUACGAAGACAUUCGAGCUCAGAUUUGUGAAAGAUUGAACAACCUCAAGGACACACCCCACAGAAAUGAGCGUCCCUUAAUAUACCACUUGGACGUGGCUUCCAUGUACCCGAACAUUAUGACCACAAACCGAUUGCAACCUGAUUCAAUGAUAUCUGAAUCCGAUUGUGCCGCUUGUGAUUUCAAUCGACCGGGAAAGACAUGUGACAGACGACUACCCUGGGCGUGGAGAGGAGAAUUUUUGCCAACCAAGAGGGACGAAUACAACAUGAUAAGAAGAGCCGUGGCAAAUGAGACAUUUCCAGGGAAAGGACCAAUGUCUGCAAGAAGAACGUUUCAAGAGUUGAAUCUUGAUGAGCAAGCGGCAAUGGUUCGAAAAAGACUUCAGGAGUAUUCGAAGAAGAUUUAUCACAAGAUUCACGAUUCGAAAACCAUCGAGCGCGAAGCCAUCAUUUGCCAGCGAGAAAACCCGUUUUAUGUGGAUACCGUUCGAAACUUUCGAGAUCGACGAUAUGAUUUCAAAGGGAAACAGAAAGUUUGGAAGGGAAAGACGGAAGCACUCAAGUCUUCUGGAGCCUCCAACCAGGAGAUUGAAGAGGCGAAGAAGAUGAUCGUCCUCUUUGACUCGCUACAACUUGCACACAAGGUCAUUCUCAAUUCUUUCUACGGGUACGUGAUGCGAAAGGGUUCCAGGUGGUAUUCCAUGGAGAUGGCCGGGGUCACCUGUCUUACUGGUGCCCAUAUUAUCCAAAUGGCACGAGAACUGGUCGAACGCAUUGGUCGGCCGUUAGAACUGGAUACGGACGGUAUCUGGUGUAUGCUUCCCGCUACCUUCCCGGAAAAUGUUGUUUUCACCUUAAAGAGCGGUAAAAAGAUGGCAAUCUCCUACCCUUGUGUUAUGCUCAACCAUCUCGUUCACGCACGGUUUACCAAUCACCAAUAUCAGACCCUCGUGGACCCUACCACCUUCAAAUACGAGACGCAUAGCGACAAUUCGAUUUUCUUUGAAGUCGACGGACCGUACAAGGCCAUGAUCUUGCCCGCAUCAAAAGAAGAGGACAAGAAUUUGAAAAAGCGAUAUGCCGUAUUCAACCACGAUGGCGGUCUUGCUGAACUCAAGGGAUUCGAAGUCAAACGUCGAGGCGAGUUGAAGCUUAUCAAGAUCUUCCAAACGCAGAUUUUCAAGUUCUUUUUGGAAGGGACCACUUUAGCCGAAACAUAUGGCGCCGUGGCUCGUGUCGCCAAUCGUUGGCUAGACGUAUUGCAUCAGCAUGGCUCGACGCUUGCGGACGAAGAGUUAAUUGAUUUGAUUUGCGAGAAUAAAAGCAUGACCAAGACUCUCGAGGAAUACGGAGCGCAAAAGUCCACGUCUAUCACCACAGCGAAACGACUGGCAGAGUUCCUGGGAGACCAGAUGAUCAAGGACAAGGGGCUCAACUGCAAAUACAUCAUCUCCGCAAAGCCUCGACACACCCCCGUCACGGACCGAGCCAUCCCUGUCACCAUAUUUUCCGCAGAUGAAGGUGUCAAACGAUUUUUUCUGCGAAAGUGGUUGAAAGAAGACCCGGCAGACAUGGAUCCAAGAACUGUCAUCGAUUGGGAUUACUACCUGGAGCGUCUUGGAUCUGUCAUUCAAAAGCUCAUCACAAUUCCUGCUGCUUUGCAGAAGAUCAGAAACCCUGUUCCUCGAGUUGCACAUCCAGACUGGCUACAGAAGCGCAUCACUGCAAAGGACGAUAGAUUCAAACAGAAGAAAAUGACUGAUCUCCUCGAAAAGAAGCCGCUAGCCGAGCGAUCAAUAAAUCUUUUGGAUUAUCGACUUCCCGCCACUGGUGACAUCGAAGAUGUGCUUAAUUCCGGGCGGAGGCCGCCGGUAGGACUGACAAAACCUUCAAAGAGAAAGGCCUCGGAAACUACCAAUCAGGCUCUUGUCGACCCUUACGCAGCCCUCCCAACUGAUGCUCCAGCGAUCGAUGAGAAUUACGGUGGAUGGCUCCAAUAUCAGAAGCAGAAAUGGAAGAUUCAAAAGCAAGCAAGAGCUCGACGGCGUCAACUUUUUGGAGAGAGGCCCAAUGUGGCGACAGAUUCCAUCAGCAGCCUUUUCCGCAACCAAGCUGAGAUGCUAUACAUCAACACGUGGCACGUUCUCCAACUGCGUCAAGGUGAUUCGCCCGGCGAGGUGAGGGCAUUUGUGGCAAUUGGCAAGAAGAUUCAUGGCUUGACCAUCAAAGUACCCCGGACUCUGUAUCUGAACUUGAAAGGCGAUGAGCUCCCAAAUGUCGAGAUUCCUGGCUGUGAGGUUGAAAAAGUCAACCAUGCGUUACCCAAUGGCCACCCAUCCGUGCAUCUCUUUCAGUUGACCAUGCCAGAAGACACUUAUUUACGGGAAGCCGAAUCUGUCUCGCUGCUGUGCAAUCACCCUAGCGUCGAAGGAGUCUACGAACGCAGAUUGCCACUCUUCACUCGCGCAAUGCUGAAGCUGGGGAACAUGUGCUCGUUCGACGAGAACCAGAAUGGUAUUCUUGGAACAGCCCUUGAACAAGGUUUUGAUCUCUCUGCAUUGGUACGGAGUAAUUCACAGGCGACAUAUCUUGAAGAUCCAAGCUCUUUGGGCUAUGUCUACGUCUAUCAUGUUGCGGCCGGAGACAGGAAUGUUUUUGCACUCUUCUCUUCGGCAAAAUCGGAGGCGCAUGUCAUCGUUCUCAGCCGAAGCCGUGAUGCCCAAUUACCUAACGCUGACAAGAUUUAUGCUGAGCAAUACCGACAUAAGGCUCAGGAUGAUGCGGUACUCCAGACUAUCUUCGAAUAUCAAUCAAGUAUGCAUUUCAAAGUUUCUCAGGUGAUCACGAAGAGGAAAGCACACCUUGAAAUUGCUGAUGUACUCAAGAAGUGGCGUUCAGAGGAGUCGAAGUCGACGAUGCUGCUCCUCCAAACGACCUCUCAUCAGCAGCUUAUCCACGAUGUUCGAAUCAUGAAAGAUUAUCCUAUCUUAUGUUUGCCGACAGAACGAUCGGACGCAGAUUUGCCCUCUCUGGGCUGGCAAGGUCAUGCGUUCAAGCAACUUAUCUCACAUUAUUUUAGGGUGACUGGCUGGUUGUCGCACUUGCUGGAACUUGCCCGAUAUGGCGAUGUGCCCCUGUGCAACCUUGAGAAAGACGAUCCUAGGUCUCUCAUCGAUUUGGCCUACGCUCGGAGGCUAAAGAGGAGUCAUGUUGUGUUGUGGUGGUCUGACCAGCCUCGUCCAGACCACGCUGGGCAUGAGCGGGACGAUAUUUUGGGGCCGUUGACGGAAGUGGUGGAGAUGCCCUCGAUUAACAAUCCCGGCGCUUAUACGUCAGUUUGUGUGGAUGUCUCCGUCCAAAAUCUGGCAAUCAAUACGAUACUGACUUCAUCGAUUAUCAACGACCUUGAGGGAUCUGCAGAGUCAGUUGCUUUCAAUCCUGCCGCCGAUGGAGAAACGCCUCUCGACUCCGAUAUGGUCAAUACGAAUGCCGGCUUUGGCCUGGCUCCACUCGAAGUACUUCGAGAACUGGUUAAAUCAUGGUGGAUAGAGGCUUGUCGCGGUAAUCGACUGGCAGAUGUAAUGGUACAGCAUCUGAUGCGAUGGGUUGAGUCUCCUGCGUCAAGUCUUUAUGACCGACAUCUCAAGUACUACGUUCAGAUGAUGUCGAAGAAGGCCAUGCAACAGCUGAUUACCGAUUUCCGACGAGUUGGGUCACAUGUUGUCUUUGCAAGCCCAACAAGAUUGCUGUUACAGACAUCGAAACAAGAGGUCGAGAACGCUUAUGCAUACUCUCAAUACAUUCUCAAGUCGAUCCGACAAAAGCCGCUGUUCCAUUUUUUGGGACUUGAAGUCAAAGAUUAUUGGGAUAUACUGAUUUGGUACGAUGCACACAACUACGGGGGGAAAGGAACCUCGACGAUCACAGAGGAAACCAGUAAUUCAAAUCUCGAUACUGUCGUUCACUGGCAACUGUCACAGUUUCUCCCACUACCCGUACAGCCAAUAUUCGACGACUGGGUGGUCACCUUCAUCGAUUUGAUGCAGAAUUUGAAAAGACCGACCAUCUCAACUGAUGGUCCGUCGUCUACGCCUCGACCUACUCAGCUGCCGUCGACAUUCAUCAGUCUGACCGAAGACCCCACGAGCACGGAAGUGACCACGAUUUUGCAGGAUGACUUCUCCAAACCAUUGAAGAAGCAGAUUACGGCUCUAAUACGGCGACAACGUGAAGAAAUACUUCACCCUGAACUCGCCAGCGAUUGGUCAUUUCCCUCUUUGCCCGGUGGCACUUUAGAGAGCACUGAUCAACGCCACCCUCGUGACCCAGUCCUUGAGUUGGUCAAAUCACUGAUGCAGAUUAUUUCACUGUCGAAACCCCUUCAACUGGAAGCUCGGUUACUUCGUAAGGAGCUCCUGGCGUUGUUCGACGUCCGUGAGUUCGGACGCGAGGCUCGGUUCGAAAAUCCAAGUGCAAGCCUCCGCUUUGACAAUCUCGUGUGCGACACUUGUACUAUGACCAGGGACCUUGAUUUGUGUCAAGAUGAGGAUAUCCUCCCUGAUGCGCAAGCCGGGCCCGAAGACGCAGCCAACAAACCCUGGAGAUGUCCGAGUUGUCAGAGUGAAUACAGCAAAAUAGCGCUUGAGGAAAGCUUGAUCGCUCGGGUCCAGGCCGCCUUGUUGGGCUGGCAGACCCAGGAUCUGAAAUGCAAGAAAUGUGGAGUUCUACAGGGCGACGAUGGCAUAUUUGGCGAUCACUGCGUGUGUGGUGGUGAGUGGUUUGGGACGAUGGACAGAAACGAAAUUCGAUCGAGGUUACGAGUAAUGGAACGGGUGUCUUCCGCAUAUGGAUUGCGAAUGCUGUCUGGCGUUAUCGAAGGAGUCAAGAUGAUGUGUAUGAUAUCAUGA